CGGGUGGAAGUGUCCAGUGAUAUUCCUAUUGGAAUUUGUUUGUCAAAAACGCGUUGCGAAAAAGGAAAACAAGCAAGAAUUUCCCAGAAAAUAGUGCGAAAUAGUGUUCUUUGACCGUGAUUUGGGGCAUCUUAUGCUGACUUUCUAUGUUUUCGCUCGAUGGCCGUUGGAGAAUUGUGUAAAAGCCAAAGUAGACAGUUGGUGGCUCUGAAAGAGACUUCUUCACAUUCCUCUCCCGAUUGCUAGUGGAAUCUUGGGCAAAGGAGAGCGUAGGAGGAAGAGGAUUAGCUUUUCCCCCAUGGCCACAUACAAUAAUCCCCACUGGCUGCUGUGUCACAUCCGCAACUCCUUCAUCUCCACGGAUGACACGGGGAUGUGUGAAGCUGUGAUGGUGAGUGAGGAUCUGCCCAGUCAGUUUGCCCAGAUGCACACAAGGCGCCCAGAAACUGGACACAAUGGCUUCGAGGACACGCAGGACUUUGUCUGCUACCCAGGCCUCGAUCAAAGUGACGACGAGGAUGGGGAUCUUCUGUCCCAGUCUUAUGACAUCCAUGCAGAUCCUGACAUUGGACUCCAUCGGCAGCGCUCCAAUACAGCCCAGAAUCUCGAGCGAAUGGAGCUGGCCAGGCAGAAAGCUGCCAAAAUCAGGCGUGUCAAGUGCGAUGACAGCCUCGUGAGCCUUACAGAUGCCGACAGGGAUGCCCUAUUUGUCCGGCGUGAUGUCAUUCCGGCCAAACCAAAGCCAGUGUCCCUACUAACUGAGAAACUGCUCCACUGCCCCAAGCAGACUCAGAACAAAUUCCUCGAAUACGCGCGAUUCGACGGCACGGCCCAGACGGGAGUGUCCACGCGCACCCUCAAGAUUUUCCUCACGAUGCUGCCGGAGAAACAGCGCAAUUACCCAAUUCAGGUUUGUGUGCUGUCCACUGCCAAGAUUCACGAGUUCAUCGGACUCAUCUGCUACAAGUGCUCCAUCGCCAAUCCGGACGUCGCCCUCAAGUCCGUUCGCAACUACGGUCUCUACAUCACGGAAGAAGAUGGCGAGGUGGAUGCUGACUUCCCUCCUCUCGAUGGCAGAGAACCCUGCUCCAAGUUCUGCUUCAGCCAUUUGGCGUUGGUGGAGAGGAAAGCCACAGUGGGCCGGAUAGACCAAAGGACGAUGUCAGUGACGUCGGAAGUGGAUGCAGGAGGGGGGUUCCUGCUGGAGGAUCCGAAAGUGGUGAGUGCACAGGCGAAUGAGGAUAUGGCCAGGAUGUUAGGGCAUACGACGAUGAUGGAAGCACCGAUGUAUCGAUCGUAUCGACUGCACAUGCUCCAGAUGCCCUUCAUCCGGACAGAGAUCCAGCUGGGAAUAUCCGGUGAGAAGGUGGAAAUUGAUCCUGUGCAGCAGAAAAACCCCAAAAUCUGGCCAAAGCAACGAGCUAUCAGCCAUGCAAUGAACAGUGUGGCCAUGUGUGAGAUUGUGGGCAGCAAACCCCAUCGGGCAAUCUUCCGGAUUGUCUACAGAGUGCCGAGAUCGGGUGCUGAGGAGGCUUCGACGUCCUUUGGGGAAGCCUCACCACAAACCAGUUCCUCCACCUUCAAGCACUACAACUUCGAAACAGACCCACAAACUGCCAAGGAGAUUGUCGAAAAAAUUCGAAAUAUCCUAGAAGUAAGGAGCAGCGCCACCCGGCGGGAGUUCCUGAGCUUCCGUGAGAGACGAAGAGGACAUGGGAAGAAGUCCUUUUCGCUCACUUAACCUCAAAUUCAGGCCCGAAUAUUCUCAAGAGACUUCCGUAAAACAAAAAACAAAACAAAAAAAAACAAACAAACACAGCCAACCCAACCAGAAAGUGUUCCCGGAGAGUUUUCUCACCAGAGAAUUACUCCUUUUACCUGCAAUUUCUCAAUCCACCAGCAAAACAGCUCUUUUAUUUUAGGGAUUUUUUUUCCUUUUUUUUAGAAUAUAUUGAAUGUACUUUUGUUGUUUUUUAUUUCUUUCGUAGUUGAAUGAGUUUCUGCCUCUUUCGUAUGUUGACGCGUUUAUCUAUGAUUGUGAUAUGAAAGUGAAAUCUUUACUACUUGUGUAAAUAUGUUGCAGAGUGAAUAAAUUGAACUGAGCAUA